AUGGUGAGGGGGGUGAUGCGGCAGCAGCAUCAACAGCAACAAAACCAACAACAGCAGGAACAGCAACAACAGCAGCAGCAGCAGCAGCAGCACCAACAGCAACAGCACCAACAACAGCAACAACAGCAGCACCAGCAGCAGCAACAGCAACAGCGCCAACAACAGCAGCAACAACAAUACCAACAGCAGCAACAGCAGCAACACCAGCAGCAACACCAACAGCAGCAGCAGCACCAACACCAGCAGCAGGCGCAGCACCAACAUCAGCAGCAGCAGCACCAACACCAGCAGCAGGCGCAGCACCAACAUCAGCAGCAGCAGCACCAACACCAGCAGCAGGCGCAGCAGCAGCACCAGCAGCAGCAGCAGCACCAACACCAGCAGCAUCAGCAGCAGCAGCAGCAGCAUCAGCAGCAGCACCAACACCAGCAGCAGCAGCAGCAGCAGCACCAACACCAGCAGCAGCAGCAGCAGCAGCAGCAGCAGCAGCAGCAGCAGCAGCAGCAGCAAACCUUAAAAGGGGCCCCCAAGGGUAGCAUGAGGGGGGCCCCCCCGCCCCACAGUGCCAGCAGCAGGACCCCGGGGGCCCCCAAGGAGAAAAAGAGAGAGGAGACGCUGCAGCCGAAGCAGCAGUAG